GAUCAAGAUAGACACGAUGUAGCCUCCAAAGCUUUUUCCCUCUCUUUUAUUGCUUUCUGCAUUUUCUUUACAAUAAACCUUGAUUCCUGUCAUGGUAUCAGAGCCCAUGGUAUCUGAUCCGGUACCUUGUGGCUUCUGUGUUUAUCGAUACGUAGUUGCUUUCGCAUUUUCAAGUUCCUUUCAAUUUCAGAUCCCCAAUUUCAAAACCGUAACCCCAAUCUUGAAUCGAUUCCCUCCUGGAGACGUUCUUGUUCUCUCCGGCGACUGGAAACUUUCCAUUCGAUGUCGUCGUCUUGUCGUAUGGAUUUGGGAUUCUGCAAUUGUGUUUCAACUGCCUCUCUCCUCUCUAGCAUCAGUUUCUUCCGAAAAUUUGCUUAUCAAGUUGGGUUAUGGAUUGAUUCUGUGGGUUCUUUUGCCGGUCUGUGCAACUUUGGGAGAGUCUUUUUAGAAUUGGAUAUGGACUGUGCAAAGAAGAAUUGAGAGUUGAUGAUAGUAUACAGUAUAUACAGCAAAGUUGGUACUGUUUGUCAGAUUGGCAUCUCUUUCACUUGAGUCGUGGAUUUUCUCUCUAGUCUGGGUUGUUAUGAUCAAUUCAUCAGUUUUCCAGUUUAAUUUUUCUUAUCAUAGUUUGUUUGCCGUCAACCAAAAGAAAAGGUGACGAAGCAGUUUAUAAUUUGUUUUUGGACUGGUGAAUUGGCUUGAUGGGUUAGAUUAUGGUCUGAAUAUAUGACUUGUGUGCAAGUUGUGCUCGUUUUGAGAGAUGGUUCCAUGAUUGCUGCAUAUCUGCUAUGUAUAAUGUGUAAUGGUCAUAUUGCUGCUAUAAGAGCUUGAAUGGUGAAGGGAUGUUACAUUGAUCUUCUUAUGCAAAAUAGAGAGGAGUUGAGAGGAUCUGCAUGUUGCUAUUAUGUUGAUGGUUUCCAAGUAAUGGGCUGCUGUUUUAUGUGAAUGAAUGAGAAAAUUGCAGAUGGUUUUAGAGAGAGGCCGAAGUUGAUGAUAUUGAGCUGCUGGAAUGCAAAUGUAGUUUCAGUUUCAGAUAAAGGCAAAUUUCGUGAGGUUGCUGGUAGUGAGCAAAUGAAUAUCAGAAAGUUGUUAGCAGUCAUAUGCAGUUUUCAGUUUGUAUUCAUAUCAGUUUUCAGUCAAAUAUGAAGAAAUUUUCAGUUUUCUAUCACUUGCUGCUCAGGUUGUUUUAUAUAUUGCUGCCUUACUGCCGUUGCUUUCACCAUGAGAACUUUGAGGUUUUUUUCCAGCAAGCUGCCUCUCCUCUUAUACCAAUUCUGCUGCAAGUCAAGAUGGAAGCUAGUUGAUCUUAUCAUAUCAAGUUCUUGGGUUAUUGAAUUGGGUGUUUUCUUGUAUUUUUUGGGCUAUAUCUGUGUAGUUUGCAGGCAACCAUUAUG